GAGUGCAUUUCAAGCUCAUCAUUUAGUCGGGAGGGGGGGUGGACGUCAUGGACCGGCCUAGAUAAAGCCUGCCUCCCCUGCCGGAUAUUCUCCAUCGGCUGCUCGGUUUCCCUCGCUCACGUACGCAACCUUUGGGUCUUGUUGGUUCCUCGGCCGUCGUCUCGCGUGUUACACGUAAACACACACACACUCUUGACCACCCUCCCUCUCGCGACUGUUGCUGCGCCAUUUUCCCGCCAUUUGCAAAAUCUUCCCCGCUUGCUUUGCCCGGCAUGGGCUUCUUCAGCACCCACGCGUCCGGGACGCAGGAUCCCCCCGAGGUGCGGAACUGGCGCAUUCACUUGAUUGCGCUUGUUGCCAGCAUGUCCGCCUUGGCCAUGGGUUAUGAUACCGCCGUCAUCGGAGGCACAAUGGCGUUGGACUCGUUCCGGCGGGACUUCCACCUCGACGAGGUCAGCUCCUCGACCCGCGACACGAUCCAGGGCAACAUUGUCUCGACAUUCCAGGCCGGUUGCUUCUUCGGCGCCCUGUUCACCUUCCCCAUCGCCGAGAAGCUCGGCCGCCGAAAGACGGUCAUGCUGGCCGGCACGGUAUUCCUCAUCGGCGGCACCCUCAUGACGGCGUCGAGCGGCAACCUGAACCUCAUCUACGUCGGCCGCGCCAUCGCCGGCCUCGGCAUCGGCGCGUCAUCCCUCACCGUCCCCGUCUACAUCGCCGAGACGGCCCCGCCCUCGAUCCGCGGCCGCCUCGUCGGCAUCUUCGAGAUCGCCUCUCAGGGCGGCGGCAUGCUCGGCUUCUGGAUCAACUACGCCACCGACCGCACCAUCGACGUCGGCGCCCGGUCCCAGUGGAUCGUGCCCCUCGGCCUGCAGCUCGUUCCCGGUCUGGGGCUCGCCCUCGGCAUGAUCUGGUGCCCCGAGUCGCCGCGCUGGCUCGCCCGCGGCGACCAUUUCGACGCCGCCGAGCGCAUCCUCGUCCGGAUCCGCGGCCUGCCCGCCGACCACGAGUACAUCCGCCGCGAGAUGCGCGAUAUCCGCACUCAGGUGGAGGAGCGCACCUCCAACAAGAUGACAAAGAAGCAGAUGUUCCGGAAGCUUUUCCAGAAGGGCAUCCGCAACCGUAUGGGCCUGGGCAUGACCCUCAUGUUCCUCCAGAGUUUCACCGGCGUCAACAUCAUCACCUACUACGCUCCAAGAAUCUUUGAAACUCUCGGCAUCAGGGGCACGUCCACUAAGCUCUUCUCCACCGGGUUCUACGGUAUCGCCAAAACGUUCGGCAUGUUCCUCUUCACCUUCUGGGUCGCCGAGAGGGUCGGUCGCAGGAAGGGUCUGCUAUGGGGAUCUGCCCUCGGCUGCAUCCCGAUGCUAUAUAUUGGAGGGUUUGUGUUAAAAAACGACCCGGCCAAAGCUGCUGCGGCGGGCAUUAUCAACCGGGAUGGUUGGGGCUACCUUGCCAUGGCCUGCGUGUACAUCAAUGGAAUCAUCAUCUGCGCCACAUGGCAGGGAAUUACAUGGCUCUACGCGUCCGAAGUGCAGACGCUCGAAAUCAGGAUGUUGGCCGUCUCUAUUACGACCGCCACCACCUGGCUGGGUAGUUUCAUCAUCGCGCGGUCGACGCCGUACAUGAUAUCGGACCUAGGCUACGGGGCCUACUUCUUCUUUGGCGCCAUUCUCAUACUCAUGGGCAUCUGGGCCUUCUUCUUCGUCCCCGAGACCAAGGGCUUAACCCUUGAAGACAUGGACGCCCUUUUCCUGAACCCCACGCACAAGACGGUGUGGGCGCAGAUGAGAGGCAGAUCCAUUGCGGCGCCUGAGCGCGCUAGGUCCCCAUCCAUCAGCGACGAGAAGUUCGAGGCCAACAUUGAGGCCCAAGUCGAGCGAGCUAGGUCAAAGGACUAGUAGAAGGCCCCCAUGCGGCCCUGUAAAAGCUAGAAACGAGGCAUCCCAUCACGGUGUCUCAAAUUCUUGGUCAUAACCCGCCUUUUUCACUGAAAAAAAGGUGUAACAUACCUAGCUUAAGACGUGUUUCGGCCCCAGUGACGUCUCUCUGGGUUCGAGCCGUCU